AUGGCGGGAAAUCCUGCGUUUCCACUGGCGGGAAUUUCUUCAAAGAUGCUUAAUAAGUCCAUCAUCCUGAUAAUCGCCGACUUAUCUGUCUCUGAUAAUAUAUAUAUAAGACGUCGUCUCAUCGAAUCGCGGGAGACCUUUCCCGGCGGCGAAGAAAUACAUCAUCAGUCUUCAUUUGUCGUUAUUAAUUGCAGUAUAAUAAUGAGGUCCUCAGUUAAACGGCCACCAACUCCGGAUGUAGAAGAAGAGGAACAAGAUCGUCAACCUAGCCUUCAAGAGAUCAUUAACCUCAAGUUUGCUGAGAGUGGAGAAAAAGAAAGAUUGAAGGAGCUUUUGAGGGAAAGGCUUAUAGAAUGUGGAUGGAAAGAUGAGAUGAAAUCUCAUUGCAGCCUCCCUGUUUAUGAGUUGCUUGGACGACUUAUGCCUAAUUUGAGAGAAUUUGCUAAGGAAUGGAGUUUCAACCUCCUGUUGAUUAUUUCUGAACUUACAUGUUUCUAG